GCUCUGUGGGACCGUACCGGCUGCGGUCCCGUUGCCUCUCUCUCACGAUAAUGCGAUGACAGCUGAGAUUCAAGCCUCAUUCCCCCUCCCUUCCUCUGAUUGGUUAGGUAAGUGGGCGAGAGCGUGACGUCACGCUCAUUAGUCUCAGAGGAAGACGACUAGCUCAGCGAUUGAUUGGUUGAUCCUGGAGCCGUCCGACCGAUGACUCGGUGUUCGCGACCUCUGCCGACAGGUUUUCCUCUAAUUUCUGGAUGCGGAUAUGUUUGCCUGCUGCAGAGUCACAAAAAGGCUGUGCUGGGGAGAAGUGCUUUAUAGACAUCUGCUCCAAGCCAGGGCGCUGUCAGGGGCAGAUGCUGUGAAUGCUUUAAGGCCUUUCUAUUUUGCUGUGCACCCAGAUUUCUUUGGUCAACACCCAAGAGAGAGAGAGAUUAAUGAAAACUCUCUCAAAAGAUUAAAUGGAUACCUAGAAAAUCUUCAAAAGCCCGGACUAAGAUCUCACAAACCUGCUAAACUCACGUUUUACGUCCGAGAAACUGAGCCGAUCCCUGAGAAAGAGCAAGAAUCCGCCAAGGAAUCAGGAUUUCGAUCAGUCAGCUUUACUUUAAAUACCAGGGACCUUCUGAGCACAGUCUUGGGCAUUCUCAAUUCCUGCAGUUUAUCGACUGACCAUGUCCAAAGUUUAGCAGAAGUUAUGGACUCUUCAAAGACAACAACUUCAUCGUUUUACAGGCCCAUAAAGUGGGACAAGACUUAUUACUCCUUCACUGGCUUCAAAGACCCAGAAGAGGAGCUGGAACAAGCACAGAAAAUGGAAAUAACCAUUAUUCCAUGGAUUGAGAGUAAUCAAGAGGUUGCUCAGAAGAAGCUUCACGAUAGUAUUCCACUGAGGAAAGAACUAGAACGUUUGAAGACUGACUUGUCCAAGAAGCUUCAGCUGUCUGAUAUCCGGUGGCAGAGAAGUUGGGGUAUUGCUCAUCGUUGUGGGCAAUUGCACAGCUUAAGUCGACUAACGCAGCAAAGUUGUGACUCACUGAAGAUGGCGAAAGGACACACAGUGAUAUUUACAGAUCACACAGGCGUGAGUGCAGCUGGACACGUAAUGCUUGGGACCAUGGAUGUUCAUCACCACUGGACCAAGCUUUUUGAAAGAUUGCCCCAUUAUUACCACCUUCAAAGAAAGUUAUUGCAGCUUCAGGAGCGGGUCAGCCAUCUUCUUGGUGGCCUAGAAAUAGUGCACAUUGAGGAGUUGCAGCCGAUGUUGACUAUGGAGGAGCACUACUCUCUUCUGGACACCUUCUGCACUAAGGUAGUAAACCGGAGAGUGCCCAUCCAUCCGCGCAGCCUGCGUGGCCUGCAGAUGAUUCUAGAAAGUGAUCAUUUUGUGCCACGAUUGCAUGAAAUGGGACAUUUCAGCAUUUCGGCUGUAAGUGAUCCUGCAUCCCUGCAAUGGUUUCUUCUGACUCAUGCACAAAAAGCAAGAGAGAAAUUGAAAAGAAAAGCUGAGUUAAAAGUAGUAGAACAAGAGCUGAUCAAAGCAUGCAAGGACAGAGCAUCCCUGAGCAGGUUAUAUAAGGAGCCCAGUGUAUCAAGCAACCAGAUGAUUAACUGCUGCCGACGACUGAUUGAAGCGCCAUUGCCGUACAUGGAUGGCAUGCAUGUGUGCGUCUCUCAUUACUACUCUGUGUUGCAGGAUGGAGAUUUGUGUAUCCCCUGGAACUGGAAGAGCUGAUUCACAAUGUAUUAUAUCCCUAACUACAGCAAUCGACAAUCAGCCAAACUGUACAGAUCUGGAUUAUCCAGACCUCAAGAUUAUCAUUCUAGAAAGUCAAUCAGAGCACUUAACAUAAACAAUAAAUCUAAGUACACUGGAAGUAACUGUCAUUGGAACAUCGGGCGUGAGAUCUGCUGCCUGCACCUACAGCCAGCCUAAGGCAUACUUCAAGGACAUCGACUGAACCUCUAAUAGCAUUGCAGCGGAAGUUACAGAAGCUGCACUGAAUGCUGGCAUAAGUUAUUCAUAUUCUUCAAAGCACUGUGAAUUUUUCUGGCUAUGUCCCUCAUUCAGACACUAGUGAUGACUUACAAGUCAGCAACAUUUUAUAUGGAAAAACUAGGUUUCUCUUCAUAGAAGGAGCAAGGGCGCAAAGAGUGUUUAUGGGGUGCAGAUUACACACUUAUUUCUCUGACGUCCUAAGUGGAUGCUGGGACUCCGUAAGGACCAUGGGGAAUAGCGGCUCCGCAGGAGACUGGGCACAACUAAAGAAAGCUUUAGGACCACCUGGUGUGCACUGGCUCCUCCCUCUAUGACCCUCCUCCAGACCUCUGUUAGAAUCUUGUGCCCGGCUGAGCUGGAUGCACACUAGGGGCUCUCCUGAGCUCCUAGAAAAAAGUUUAAUUUAGGUUUUUUAUUUUCAGUGAGAUCUGCUGGCAACAGACUCACUGCUACGAGGGACUAAGGGGAGAAGAAGCGAACCUACCUGCUUGCAGCUAGCUUGGGCUUCUUAGGCUACUGGACACCAUUAGCUCCAGAGGGAUCGAACACAGGGCCCGACCUCGAUCGUCCGGUCCCGGAGCCGCACCGCCGUCCCCCUUACAAAGCCAGAAGCAAGAAGAUGGUCCUGAAAAUCGGCGGCAGAAGACUUCGGUCUUCAACAAGGUAGCGCACAGCACUGCAGCUGUGCGCCAUUGCUCCUCAUGCACACCUCACACUCCGGUCACUGAUGGGUGCAGGGCGCUGGGGGGGGGCGCCCUGAGCAGCAAUAUUAACACCUUGGCUGGCAAAAAAAAUCACAAUAUAUAGUCCUAGAGGCUAUAUAUGUGAAAAAUACCCCUGCCAGAGAUCCAUAAAAAAGCGGGAGAAGUCCGCCGAAAAAGGGGCGGGGCUAUCUCCCUCAGCACACUGGCGCCAUUUUCCCUCACAGCUCCGCUGGAUGGAUCGCUCCCAGGCUCUCCCCUGCAGUUUCCAGACUACAUAGGGUAAAAAAGAGAGGGGGGGUACUAAAUUUAGGCGCAAAAUUGUGUAUACAAGCAGCUAUUGGGAAAAUCACUCAGUUACAGUGUUAAUCCCUGUGUAUAUAUAGCGCUCUGGUGUGUGCUGGCAUACUCUCUCUCUGUCUCCCCAAAGGGCUUUGUGGGGUCCUGUCCUCAGUCAGAGCAUUCCCUGUGUGCGGUGUGUCGGUACGGCUGUGUCGACAUGUUUGAUGAGGAGGCUUAUGUGGAGGCGGAGCAGAUGCCGAAAAUGUGAUGUCACCCCCUGCGGGGCCGACACCUGAGUGGAUGGAUAGGUGGAAGGUAUUAACCGACAGUGUCAACUCCUUACAUAAAAGGCUGGAUGACGUAACAGCUGUGGGACAGCCGGCUUCUCAGCCCGCGCCUGCCCAGGCGUCUCAAAGGCCAUCAGGGGCUCAAAAACACCCGCUACCUCAGAUGGCAGACACAGAUGUUGACACGGAGUCUGACUCCAGUGUCGACGAGGUUGAGACACAUACACAAUCCACUAGGUACAUCCGUUGCAUGAUCUCGGCAAUGAAAAAUGUGUUACACAUUUCUGACAUUAACCCAAGUACCACAAAAAAGGGGUUUUAUGUUUGGGGAGAAAAAGCAGCCAGUGUUUUGUUCCCCCAUCAGAGGAGUGAAUGAAGUGUGUGAAGAAGCGUGGGUUCCCCCGAUAAGAAACUGGUAAUUUCUAAAAAGUUACUGAUGGCGUACCCUUUCCCGCCAGAGGAUAGGUCACAUUGGGAGAUAUCCCCUAGGGUGGAUAAGGCGCUCACACGUUUGUCAAAAAAGGUGGCACUGCCGUCUUAGGAUACAGCCACUUUGAAGGAGCCUGCUGAUAAAAAGCAGGAGGCUAUCCUGAAGUCUGUAUAUACACACUCAGGUACUAUAUUGAGACCUGCAAUUGCCUCAGCAUGGAUAGUGCUGCUACAGCGUGGUCUAUUACCUUGUCAGGACAGGGAUGCUAUUUUGCUAACCAUAGAGCAUAUUAAAGACGUCGUCUUAUAUAUGAGGGAUGCACAGAGGGAUAUUUGUCGGCUGGCAUCCAGCAUUAAUGCAAUGUCCAUUCUGCCAGGAGGGUAUUAGGGACCCGGCAGUGGACAGGCGAUGCUGACUUUAGAAGGCACAUGAAGAUUCUGCCUUUAUAAGGGUGAGGAAUUGUUUGGGGAUGGUCUCUGGGACCUCGUAUCCACAGCAAUAGCUGGGAAAGAAAAAUUUUUUACCUCAGGUUUCCUCACAACCUAAGAAAGCACCGUAUUAUCAGGUACAGUCCUUUCGGCUUCAGAAAAGCAAGCGGGUCAAAGGCGCUUCCUUUCUGCACAGAGACAAGGGAAGAGGGAAAAAGCUGCACCAGACAGCCAGUUCCCAGGAUCAAAAAUCUUCCCCUGCUUCCUCUGAGUCCACCGCAUGAUGCUGGGGCUCCACAGGUGGAGCCAGGUGCGGUGGGGGCGCAUCUCGGGAACUUCAGCGACCAGUGGGCUCGCUCACAGGUGGAUCCCUGGGUUCUGCAAGUAGUAUCACCGGGAUACAAGCUGGAGUUCGAGGCGACUCCCCCUCGCCGUUACCUCAAAUCAGCCUUGCCUGCUGCCCUCGAGGGGAGGUAGUACUGGCGGCAAUUCACAAGCUGUACUCCAGCAGGUGAUAAUCAAGGUACCCCUCCUUCAACAAGGCCGGGGUUACUACUCCACAAUGGUUGUGGUACAGAAACCAGACGGUUCGGUGAGACCCAUUCUAAAAUUGAAAUCCUUGAACACUUAUAUACGAAGGUUCAAGUUCAAAAUGGAAUCGCUCAGGGCGGUUAUUACAAGCCUGGACGAAGGGGAUUACAUGGUAUCACUAGACAUCAAGGAUGCUUACCUGCAUGUCCCCAUUUACCCUCCUCACCAGGAGUACCUCAAAAUUGUGGUACAGGACUGUCCUUACCAAUUCCAGACGUUGCCGUUGGUCUGUCCCCGACACCGAGGGUAUUUACCAAGGUAAUGGCCGAAAUGAUGAUACUCCUUCGAAAAAAGGGAGUUAUAAUUAUCCCGUACUUGGACGAUCUCCUUAUAAAGGCGAGGUCCAGGGAGUAGUUGUUGGUCGGAGUAGCACUAUCUCGUGAAGUGCUACAACAGCACGGCUGGAUUCUGAAUAUUCCAAAGUCGCAGCUGGUUCCUACGACGCGUCUACUGUUCCUGGGUAUGAUUCUGGACACAGAACAGAAAAAAGUGUUUCUCCCGGAGGAGAAGGCCAAGGAGUUGUCAUCUCUAGUCAGAGACCUCCUAAAACAAAUACAGGUGUCGGUGCAUCAAUGCACGCGAGUCCUGGGAAAGAUGGUAGCUUCUUACGAAGAAAUUCCAUUCGGCAGGUUCCAUGCAAGGAUCUUCCAGUGGGAUCUGUUGGACAAGUGGUCCGGGUCGCAUCUUCAGAUGCAUCGGCUGAUAACCCUGUCUCCAAGGGCCAGGGUGUCGCUGUUGUGGUGGCUGCAGAGUGCUCAUCUUCUAGAGGGCCGCAGAUUCGGCAUACAGGACUGGGUCCUGGUGACCACGGAUGCCAGCCUUCGAGGCUGGGGGGCAGUCACACAGGGAAGAAACUUCCAAGGACUAUGGUCGAGUCAGGAGACUUCCCUACACAUAAAUAUUCUGGAACUAAGGGCCAUUCACAAUGCCCUAAGUCAGGCUAGACCCCUGCUUCAACACCAGCCGGUGCUGAUCCAGUCAGACAACAUCACGGCGGUCGCCCAUGUAAACCAACAGGGCAGCACAAGAAGCAGGAUGGCGAUGGUAGAAGCCACAAGGAUUUUCCGAUGGGCGGAAAAUCAUGUGUUAGCACUGUCAGCAGUGUUCAUUCCCGGAGUGGACAACUGGGAAGCAGACUUUCUCAGCAGGCACGACCUCCAUCCGGGAGAGUGGGGACUUCAUCCAGAAGUCUUCAAAAUGAUUGUACACCAUUGGGAAAGGCCACAGGUGGACAUGAUGGCGUCCCGCCUCAACAAAAAGCUAAAAAGAUAUUGCGCCAGGUCAAGGGACCCUCAGGCGAUAGCUGUGGACGCUCUGGUAACACCGUGGGGGUACCAGUCGGUGUAUGUGUUCCCUCCUCUGCCUCUCAUACCAAAGGUGCUGAGAAUAAUAAGAAGGAGAGGAGUAAGAACUAUACUCGUGGUUCCGGAUUGGCCAAGAAGAGCUUGGUACCCAGAACUUCAAAAAAAUGAUCAGAGGACCCAUGGCCUCUGCCGCUCAGACAGGACCUGCUGCAGCAGGGGCCCUGUCUGUUCCAAGACUUACCGCGGUUGCGUUUGACGGCAUGGCGGUUGAACGCCGGAUCCUGAAGGAAAAGGGCAUUCCGGAGGAAGUCAUCCCUACGCUGAUUAAAGCUAGGAAAGAAGUGAAGGCAAUCCAUUAUCACCGCAUAUGGCGAAAAUAUGUUGCGUGGUGUGAGGCCAGGAAGGCCCAACGGAGGAAUUUCAGUUGGGCCGUUUUCUGCACUUCCUACAGUCAGGGGUGACUAUGGGCCUAAAAUUGGGUUCCAUUAAGGUCCAGAUUUCGGCUCUGUCGAUUUUCUUCCAGAAAGAACUGGCUUCACUGCCUGAUGUUCAGACAUUUGUUAAGGGAGUGCUGCAUAUUCAGCCCCCUUUUCUGCCUCCAGUGGCACCUUGGGAUCACAACGUGGUGUUGGAUUUCCUAAAGUCACAUUGGUUUGAGCUACUAAAAACCGUGGAUUUGAAAUAUCUCACGUGGAAAGUGGUCAUGCUGUUGGCCUUGGCUUCAGCCAGGCGUGUGUCAGAAUUGGCGGCUUUGUCAUAUAAAAGCCCUUAUCUGAUUUUCCAAAUGGAUAGGGCAGAAUUGAGGACUCGUCCCCAGUUUCUCCCUAAGGUGGUAUCAGCUUUUCAUUUGAACCAACCUAUUGUAGUGCCUGCGGCUACUAAGGACUUGGAGGAUUCCAAGUUGUUGGACGUAGUCAGGGCCCUGAAAAUUUAUGUUUCCAGGACAGCUAGUGUCAGAAAAACUGACUCGCUAUUUAUCCUGUAUGCACCCAACAAGCUGGGUGCUCCUGCUUCAAAGCAGACUAUUGCUCGCUGGAUUUGUAGUACGAUUCGGCUUGCACAUUUUGCAACUGGACUGCCGCAUCCUAGAUCAGGGAAAGCCCAUUCCACGAGGAAUGUGGGCUCUUCUUGGGCGGCUGCCCGAGGGGUCUCGGAUUUACAACUUUGCCGAGCAGCUACUUGGUCAGGGUCAAACACAUUUGCUACAUUUUACAAGUUUGAUACCCUGGCUGAGGAGGACCUAGAGUUUGCUCAUUCGGUGCUGCAGAGUCAUCCGCACUCUCCCGCCCGUUUGGGAGCUUUGGUAUAAUCCCCAUGGUCCUUACGGAGUCCCAGCAUCCACUUAGGACGUCAGAGAAAAUAAGAUUUAACUCACCGGUAAAUCUAUUUCUCGUAGUCCGUAGUGGAUGCUGGGCGCCCAUCCCAAGUGCGGAUUGUCUGCAAUACUUGUAUAUAGUUAUUGUUAACUAAGGGGUUAUUGUUGAGCCAUCCGUUGAGAGGCUCAGUUAUAUUUCAUACUGUUAACUGGGUAUAGUAUCACGAGUUAUACGGUGUGAUUGGUGUGGCUGGUAUGAGUCUUACCCGGGAUUCAAAAUCCUUCCUUAUUGUGUCAGC